AUGGCGGGGAAAGCUCCCCCAUUGGUGGCAGGCUGGCCCUCUUCGCAUACAGAUGGCCACCACCAGGGACCUUUGGGUCCUAAACACCAUCAAAUUCGGCCUCUCACUGGAAUUCACCUCCAAGCCCCCGAACCAUUUCGUCCCUUGCCCAUCACCCAAGUAUCCGAUCAAGAGGGCCUCAUCAAGGAAGCCCUCCAGCAUCUCCUGGACAUUCAUACUAUAGAGCCGAGUGUUCACAAAGGUACUGGCGGCACUGGCUGCACAUUUACGAACCAUCCCCGUGCGUAUCCAGUGCUACCUGAACGACAUCCUCCUACAAUCAUUAGCACAGGCGGCACAGUCAGAACUGCAUUGACUCUAAGAACCCUUCAAGACCACGGGUUCUCAGUAAAUUUCCAGAAGAGUCAGACAGUUCUGUCAACUCGCCUUCUUCAUCUGGAAGCCGUGAUAGACACACUGAAGCGCGAGGUCUACUUAUCUCGAGAGCGUCGAACCAGCAUUCGAGGCCUGGUCAGUCAGAUUCGAAAGAAAUGGGCCACCACACUGGCCAUACUCUCCCACCUGAUGGGAAAGAUGAUCUCAUGCAUAGCAAUCGUGCCCUGGGAACGACUACAUUCCAGAAGCCUGCAUUGGUUCCUGCUCCCGUUUCAGAAAAGAGGAACCAGCUCCUCCAACCACAAGGAAGCUGGCAAUCUUAAAUAUGUUCUUCUGAUGAAUUUGCAACUUCCUGGUGGCUUUUCCACUGACUUUAGUUACGGUAAUAGUUAUGCCCGUGUGCGAGCUGUGGUGAUGACCCGUGAUGACUCAAGUGGUGGAUGGUUACCACUUGCAGGGGGUGGACUAAGCUGCGUCACCAUUUUCAAAGUCAUUCACCAAGAAGAAAGUGGCUGUGCUGAUUUUCUUAUACACGGGGAACGUCUCAGGGAUAAAACGGUGGUUUUGGAGUGUACAUUAAAGAAGCAGCUUAUUUACAAUAAAGUUACGCCAACUUUUCACCACUGGAAGAUUGAUGAAAAAAAAUUUGGCCUCACAUUUCAAAGUCCCGCUGAUGCAAGAGCAUUUGAUAGAGGAAUUCGUAGGGCUGUUGAAGAUAUAUCUCAAGGUUGCCUGAGUUCACAUGAUGAAAUCGAAGUGCCUGCAGAUGGCUUUCCGGCAAUUCCAGAAAAUACAUCAAGUUUGCUAAUGAAAGAUCCGAUUUUCCAACAUGAAUCUCUAGCAAGCAAUGAUCCUCACAAAAACCUAUGUAUAAGACCCUCGGUCUUUGAAGAUUUGAACACCAGAAGAUUGUACUUCCACAACCAGCCAAACCAGAUACCCCAGAAACCAGUCAGGAGCGUCACUUUUCAGGAUGAAGAAGAAAUUGUUCGGAUAAACCCUCGUGAUAUUCUAAUACGUCGCUAUGCAGACUAUAGGCAUCCUGAUAUGUGGAAAAAUGACUUGGAUAGGGAUGAAAUAGAUUCCUCGCUGCACUGCCCUAAAGCAGACCAUAAAAAAUCGGACUAUCUCUACCCAUCUGGAGAUGAACCUAAACUGAACUCCCUAAAAGAUUGUAAGAGUUCUGUGGUACUCAAAACACAGCCUUCUUCUAUCAAAUUAAAAAAAUCCAAAAAAAGGAAAGAGGAUGGUGAGCGCUCUCGCUGCAUAUACUGUCAAGAGAGGUUUAACCAUGAGGAGAACAGCCGGGGCAAAUGCCAAGAUGCUCCAGACCCGAUUAGAAGAUGCAUAUACCAAGUUAGCUGCAUGCUUUGUGCCGAGAGCAUGCUCUACCACUGCAUGUCAGACUCCGAGGGGGAUUUCUCUGACCCUUGCUCCUGCGACACGAGUGACGACAAGUUCUGCUUACGCUGGCUCGCCCUCGUCACUUUGUCGUUCAUUGCGCCAUGUAUGUGCUGCUACCUCCCGCUGAGAGCGUGCCACCACUGUGGCGAAAUCUGUGGAUGCUGUGGAGGAAAACAUAAAGCUGCAGGAUGAAGCAGUCUACUGCAAAAAUGGGCUGACAAGUCUUUAUUGCUGGGAAGUAUCUAAUUCAUGGAAGCUCUUGGCAUGCAGAAAGGAAAACCCACCCUGUAGGAAAGGCCUCCUGUGGAAGACGUGUCAAGAACUGUUGCAUUUGACCAAUGCAAGCCAUGCCUAAUCUACUUUUUAAGCGCAUAGGACAAGUGGUGAAGGAGUUCAUGCAAUCUGAAAGCCUUUUCUUCCAAUUGGUCUUUGAAAGAAGUAUAAACUGCAGUCCAUACUUCAGCACUCUGUACAUUUUGUGCUAUAGGUGAUGGGUUGGGGGGGGGGGUUGCUCUUUUGAAAUAAUGCAUUUGGCAGAAAACUUAACUAAACCUGCACUAGGGAAAGCUGAUUGAAAACUAAAGGAAGUUAAUGUCUUGGCAGAUAUGAAAAAAUUAAAUUGAUUUUCAGUGCAACUAAAUUACUUAUAAAUAGUUUUGGGAAACAGUUUUAUGUACAAAUAACAAAUGUUUAUAUUUAACAAAAUAUACGGUACAAAUUGUUAAAUCUUUCUUCCCCUUUCCAGCUCAGCAGUUAUGGACCAUGUUUUCCAGGCACAUUCCGUGAUAGUAUUUCUCAGUUUUAAAUACUUAAUAUUUUUAUUCAAAUAGAGAAAUCAAUAUUUUCAGUCUUAUUUCCCUUCAACUACAUUUUUGUAUUAAUUUUCCUCUGUACAUUCUGGUAAUCUGAAAGCCUUUAAAUAUUAAUUAUUGUAGUCUUGAAUGACCAAUGUUUUGUUAAGCACAGAUAUAAUUGUCUAAUGCUCUUAUGAGAACAUAACAUUUAUUUUUAUAUAUAAAUAACUCUAAUUUCAAUGUAAUGGCAAGAUUUUACCCCUCCCUUUCUCACAGCCAGCAGAUUUUCUUUUAGGAUUUCCUCCUAAAAUUGUUGAUGACAGAUGUUUGGGAAGAAAAAACUACCACUUUGAAAUUGUUUAAAAUAUAUACUUAUGACUCUGUUUCAACUUGGUGCCAGUUAUUUCUUUAUAUGUUUCCAUUAUUUUAUUUUUAUUUGACCUACCACAAGUUAAACUUAUGCUAUAUGACAAACUGUAGUCCAGGUAGGGAAAAAAAGUUAAUUUCUUGUUGAAUGAAAAUGGAUUUUAUUUUGUCUUUGAGUCGUAGCAUAUUAAUGAAUAUAUUUAACUUAACAUUUGGCUGUGUGUUCUAAAUGCCAUUUCUGGUAAUUCCUAAAUGUUAUCUUAUCAUAUGGCAUAAUAACCUAAUUAAGCAUAGAGGAUUUUUAUUAAUAAAAGUUUAAAGCAGUGGAGCAGUCAUUCAUUCAAGAAGGUUAAAGGGUGUGGAGAAUGGAGUAAAAUAUGUCUUUAAUACGUUUUUGGAUUAAAAUUAAAAUUUCACAAUUUUUAACAUCUGUCUUUUUUUAGAAAAAUAUACAUGUUGACUUUGUUUUCUUAGGAUCACGUUCCAUCAUACAGUUCCACUUCCACUGUACAAUCUACGUUUCCCAGAGCCCAGACAUCAAAACUGAACAAUUGUACAUAACAUUGUGUGUGAAAUACCUUUUUAAAGGGGCAUUUAUAUUUUAUACAACAGCUUUGAACUGACAACAUUGUGUACAUAGAUCAUCUUGAAGUAUUAUUUCAUAUUGAAAAGAAGAGAAAUAUAUUGAUAAGUAUAGAAGUUAAGAGCUUCUUUCUAGUUUUGUACUUUUAUCUAGAAUAAAUAAUU